AUGGGAGACGAAGCACCACCAAAGUCUCUACGGGAAUAUGCUAUGCCCGAUGAGACCACCACCACCAUAAACAGACCGACAACCGCUGCCAAUCAUUUGAGCUCAAGCCACAAUUCAUCCACAUGGCAGAGAUACAAGGCUUUGCAAAGGCAGUGUCCACACCACGGCAUUCCUGAGUGGCUGCUGAUUCAGACAUUCUACAAUGGUCUGAAGCAUGAAGUUCGAAGUUCUAUUGAUGCCGCAUCUGGCGGUACUUUCAUGGCAAAAACUCCAGAAGCCGCGAAGACAUUGUUGGAUGAUAUGGCUGCCAACAAUUACCUGAAUGACUGGAGUAUAUCUCGUGGAGCCCCUAAAAAGGGAGGUAAGUAUGAGGUUGAUGCUAUUGCUACUUUAUCUAACACUGUGCAGGUUUUGGCAGCUAAGGUUGACCAAUUGAGUAGCAGAUCAAUAGCACCUGUUUGUGAGAUUUGUGAAGUGCAAGGUCACUCAUUUAAUGAGUGUCAAUACAAUACCAUGGGAGCGGUAACUGAGCAAGCUAAUGCCCUCCUAAACACAAACACAAGACCACAAAACAACCCAUACUCAAACACAUAUAACCCAGGUUGGAAGAAUCAUCCAAAUUUCUCUUACAAAAAUAACCAACCUCAACCUCCACCCACAAACUACUCCCAACCACCCGGUUUCCAACAAAGGCCGCCAUUCAGCUCCUCCUCAUCUUCAACAUCCAAUCUUGAAACCAUCAUAGAGAAUUUAGCUUCUUCUCAAGCAAAGCAAAUUGAAUAUCAAGCGAAGCAGAAUGACUUCUUCAACAACUCCCUUCAACAAAUUCAUGCUCAUAAUAAAAUGAUGGAGAAUCAGAUGACACAACUAGCCCAACAAAUAAGCCACCUCUCUAAACCUUCAGGCCAACUUCCUGGGCAAACUGAACCAAAUCCUAAGGGGCAUAUCAAUGCCAUUUCAUUGAGGAGCGGUAAAGAACUGCCAGAGCCUACAAGGAGGGUAACUGAGCAAAAGAACACUGCAAAAGAGGUUAUAGAGUUGAGUGAGGAAGUUCAAGGGAAGACGGGUUUGGAAGAGGAAGCUAAGGAGACUGAGAAAAAGGAACCUAUUGUCACACCUAUUGCACCAUACAAGCCACCUGUUCCAUUCCCUCAAAGAUUGGCACAAGCAAAGCUAGAGAAGAAAAAAAUUGAAGAGAAUGUCACUGUUUCACUAACAGCUGAGUGUAGUGCCAUUUUGCAGAACAAGCUUCCAAAGAAGCUAGGAGAUCCAGGCAGUUAUUCUAUUCCUGUUAAGCUUGGUGAUAUUGAGAUCAAGAAUGCCUUAUGUGAUCUUGGGGCAAGUGUCAGUCUCAUGCCCUUGUCAAUCUGCAAGAAGCUCAAUAUGGGUGAACUGAAACCCACACGCAUCUCCUUACAACUAGCAGAUAGAACAGUCAAGUUCCCCCUUGGCAUCCUUGAAGAUGUUCCUCUUAGAGUCGGAAAAUUUUUAAUUCCAUGUGAUUUUGUUGUUAUGGAAAUGGAAGAAGAUGCAAACGUUCCCAUUAUUCUUGGGAGACCCUUUUUGGCCACUGCUGAAGCCAUAAUUGAUAUGAAAAAGGGAAAAAUCACCUUUGAAAUAGGUGAUGAGAAGAUGGAGUACACACUCACAAACUCCAAGGCUUCUCCAUCUAUGGGAGAAAGUUGA